AUGGAAUCCAUCAAGAACGCCGUCCGGGAAGCUACCAGCUCCGAUUCUCCCUCCGAACCUAACUUCAAAGUGCCCAUCUCCCACCAACAGCCCCCCGGCCGAGAGAGCGACUUGCCUCUGAAGCCUGUGAGUGACAAGAUACCCACCGAAGAUGGCGGAUGGCAGAUGUACAAGGAAGCUGGAAAGUUGCAAGACAAGAAGGCCCUUAUCACUGGUGGCGACAGCGGCAUUGGAAGAUCGAUCGCUCUUCUGUAUGCUAUGGAAGACGCGGACAGUUUGAUUGUGUAUCUACCCGAAGAAGAGGAGGAUGCCCGGGAGACGAAACGUCGAGUCGAGGAAAUUGGUCGCAGCUGUCAUUUAAUCGGCGCUGACAUCACAAAGCCGGAGAACUGCCAGAAGGUGGUCGAUACUGCCUUGGAAAGGAUGGGUCGCGUGAACAUUCUAGUAAACAACGCCGCGAACCAGAUGAUGCAUGGUGAUAUCACCGAAAUUCCCCUCGAGCAAUGGUCAAGAACAUUCGAGAUCAAUGUCUAUCCACUCUUUUACCUCUCUAAGAUGCUCAUUCCACAUAUGAAGAGAGGGGAUACCAUCAUCAAUUGUGCCUCGAUAAAUGCAUACGUCGGCCGACCUGAUCUUCUGGACUACACGGCAACCAAAGGAGGCAAGUCUGUUGUCUCUUUCACUCGGGGUUUGGCCAACCAGCAGCUAAGCAAAGGAAUCCGCGUAAACGCGGUAUGUCCGGGUCCUGUGUGGACUCCUCUCAUCCCAAGUACCAUGACCACCGAGGCACAAGAACAGUUUACGUCUCCCAUGGGACGACCCGCUCAGCCGAGUGAAAUUGCCACGUGCUUCGUCUUCCUGGCCAGCCAAGACAGCAGCAUGAUCAGUGGCCAGAGCCUUCAUCCAAAUGGCGGGGUGGUGGUCAACGGCUGA